AUGUACAACGGGAAGAAUGAUGAGUCGAGAGUAAAUUCUGCCAAUCUAUCGGAUGAAGACCUUCACGAUGAAGUACGGCAUCUUACUUGCUUCAGCAUGAAGGACACCAUUGUUCUAACUUCUGCCCGCUCUCCAUAUGACGUCAAACAUCUUCCGGCUGAGGCCUCUACUGUGGCUCAAUGUUAUCCUCCCACACCCGAAAGUGGCGUGGAACCAGAGGAUGAUGAUGAAGACUCUGAUGAGACUGAGGACGCCCAGCACAUCCUCGAGGAUAGCGACGUCCAAGAGGAUGAGGUCCCUGACGAUGAUGCUCUUACCAGAAGCAGGCGGUGCAAAAGGAUUAAUGAAGAUUUGAUUACAACGGCUGAAUCGAGUCCCAGCGGACAAGAUAAGGAUGCCGAUGAAACUGCAUCGCCUCCUCCUGCCACUAAAAUUUCAACAAGCCUUUUUGCCAUGGAGGAUGACUUGGACCUUUCUGAUGAUGACGAUGAUGUUCGUCUCGCAAAGAGGACUAAGUUAUCCUUCGAGAAAACUGUGUCUGCCAAGGAGCCGAAUCCUUCUCCCGCCAAAUCGGCAUCGCCCUCACGGACGACCGUAGAGAAGAUUCCGGUGUCGAAGGGUAUCCCUUCUGGCAAUGCACCCACUCCAUCGGCUGCUCGCGACCAUCCAAUUUAUGCCAAAGUUGACGCCGUAGCAGAGUUUGCUGAGCAAUUCACCCGCUCUGAGUCCGAAAACUCUCAUCUUUGGAAGACCAUCAAAACUUCGGCUGACCAGGUGUUGGAGGCUAACAGGCUCGCCACUGACGCUCAGAAGGAAAAUACCUUGCUAAAGGAGGAGCUGAAGAAGCUGAAGCAAAAAAUGAAGGAUGACCAAGAUGCUAGGAGCAAGGCUGCGAUUGCUGUCGAUGAAAAGGAAGGCGUCCUCCGUGAAUCCAUUGCAAACUUAAUGGUCACAGCUCCUGACGAAGACGAAGAGAACAAGAGGAUCCAUGAGAAGAUUGAAGCAAUGGCCGAUGUUGCUCACCCGAACCAUGAAUUAUGGUCCAAUCGACCAAAAGCUGUUGUUGUGGCCAAAUUCGAACAUCGGGCAGAGAAGGUGCACUACUACUUCAACAAGUUCCACGCCCAGACACUAUUUCCUCUGGAUGAAGCACCCGAAACUUUGUCUGCCCUGUUCACUCGAUUCAAGUCCCCUGAGAGGAUUCAGCUGUUGGUGCGAAAAGAGCUCCUGGGUGGUGCUGAACGCGCCCUUGCUUCAGUUUUAGCAUGUCACCCGACCUUAGAUUUGGAGGCCAUUGCGAAUACCAACAGGAGUUUAGACCAGUACUAUGACAUUGCCAGAAAUCCUGCGUAUACUAUCAUCUCUCGGAUGGAAGCAGGUAUUGAAAGGGAUCUGAGGGCCCGAGAGGACCACAGAGGCCUGUCAUGA